AUGGGGAAGGUAGACUAUAAUAAAGCUGUAUCUUUCACCUACAAUCCUAACGCCAGAAGUGCGCCUGACGAGGAAGAUGAGGACCUUGUCAAGGAAAGACAGCGCCGGGAGGAGUCGCUACGGAGAGCCAAGGCUAUCGAGGAGAGAAAAAGAGCUGCCAGGGGGCGAGGCAGGGGAAGAGGACGAGGUGGUCGAGGGGGCGGUCAGAGGAGCCGCCCGCCUCUUGGGAAGGGGCAGCGGACGCGGCCUCUGGAGAGCAUCGAGGAGGCGCGCGAGACACCAGCAGUCAGCGAGAGGACGAGCUCGGCCGCCACCAGCCUGGCACCUUCGGCCCGAGGAAGGGGCCGUGGUACGGGCAGGGGACGAGGCAGGAUCGAGCGAGCGCCGACUGUCCAGUCCACUCGGCCGAUCACGUCGCAGUCGAACCGGCCUGUGACUUCGCAGUCCACGCAGCGUCCAGGAACAACCAAGUCCGUCCGGCCGCCAACGGCCAAGCAAGAGGAGAGACUCCCGACCGCAAAACCAGCAGAGCCCCCGAAAGAGGAAGAGAAGCCGAGGGAAAAGGAACCUGAAAGUGACCAAAAGGAGCAGCAUAAGGAAGAGCAGAAACAAGAACUGCCAGAGCAGGCUGAGCCGAAGAAGCAAAUGAAGUUUUCAACUGCGGUGAAAGUCCGCAUGUUCAUGCGAUCCUUCUUUAAGAAAAGACGGGAACCAGAACCUCAACAAGAACCGGAACAAGGAAAUGAAGAAGAAGAAGAAGAGGAUAAAAGCAAAGAGGAAGAACAGCAAGAUGAGGAAAACCCGGCCCAAGAGGAAGAAGAAAAGCCCACCGUGGCGGCUAAGGACGAGGAAGAAAAGGAAGAAGAGAAAGAAGCAGAGCCAGAAGAUGAGGAAAAGAAGGACGAUGAAAAUGAGGACGCUGCAAAGGAGAAGACCCCUUCACCGGAACCGGAACAGAAAGUGAAAUCUCCUACGCCGACGCCGACCGAGCCUGAACCCGAACCGGAGCCGGAGCCCCAACCAGAACCUAAGCCCGAACCUGAGCCUGAGACCGAACCGGAGCCCGAACCAGAGCCCGAACCAGAGCCUGAACCGAAGGCC